GAAGAAACGAGAACUAAUAAGCUUCAGAGAACGCCCGGGAUGAUUUCCUACGACAACUUGUCUAUGACUUGCCGUUGAGUCGUUGGCGAGAGCGGUUCGUUUCCCGAAGGGAACCAUCGAGAUCGACUGCGUCAAAGACCCGCUGGCCGUAUUCGGAUUCAAUGGAGCCCAUCCCCGUGCCGAAGGAGAACUUUUUCAUCGUCAUACGGGGAAAGUCGCGGAAAGGCUUCUCCCGCGGAUGCAUCGGUCGGCCGGAGGCGGAGACGCCUCGCGGGGAGCUGAUGGGGCUUCUCUACCCCGGGGGCGCAAACGCGGGGAGUCCCAAGAACGGAGGCGUCGUGCGCAGGGAGGACACGUACCCCCUGAGCCGCCACCAAGCCCAGCUCCUGCUUUUCAUCUCCUCCGUAAGCAAACGCCUGGAACUGCUGUGCAACCCGCAGCUGUUCUCGGCCAUCUGUGAGCUGACUGUGGAUGACCUGGUGGUGGUCAAGUACAAGAGGGGCCAUCAGCCGGCACUGGUGACGAACCUGAUGCGAAUUGGCAGGAAGGAAAAUAAAGACGAUCUGCAGAUGUUGGCGUUUGAGGUGGAAUUUGUGGACCAUGAUCAGACUUUGUCAUCCAAAAAGGCUGCCCCUGUGCCCCUGUUCAGCGCCGCGGACAUCGUCCAGGUGGUCCCAUCCUCCGCUCUCCCCCAUGGAAUAAACUGGAAUGCCGUUCAGCAUAGUGGCACAAACAAAAAGGUGAUGCGCAUGAACUCCAUGCCAAUUAUUCGAUCUCUUGGCCAAGUGAAAGAAAAGCAUCGAGUGCAGACUGGCAUCAAUCUGAGUCAAAGUCACAACGCAUCACCUGCACCUUUGGAAGUGGGGUCCUUGGUGGAGGUUGUGUCCAACACAGGGGUCACGGUUUAUGGGGUUGUGAGGUGGCUGGGUGUCCCUGGAGGAAAAACUUCGGAAUGGGCUGGGAUUGAAUUGGACUACGAUGUGAACGGUUGCUCUGAUGGGACAUAUGGAGGCCAGCGGUUGUUCACCUGCAAAAGGAGCAGGGCUUUGUUUGUCCCUGUCACGAAAUGCAGCCCUGACAGCAGGUUUGUCUGCUCCUCUUCAGCAAGUGACACCAGCAGCCAAGUGGACAUACCUCCAGUUCCACCAUAUGUGGACUCUGAGGAGUACGUGGCGCCGGUUGCUGACUCCGAGGCCAUGUCUUUGUUAGUGGGAAGAAUGAAAGGGAUUCAGGGUCACAUCAACUCCUGUUAUCUGGAUGCCACUCUUUUCAGUUUGUUCAGCUCCUCUGUGACCCUGGAUAGUAUCUGCCAGUGGCCCGCAGACACUGUGCAGCCCGUCGCUUCCACACUGAGAAAAAUAGUCAAUCGUUUACGCAGACAAGGGUUCGUGCCUGCUGCAAGUGUCAUGAAUUUCCGCAAUCAGCUUGGCUGUGACACCUUUCGAACAGAGGAAAAAGACCCAGAGGAAUUCAUCACAGUUCUCUUCGAGAAGGUUCUUGGCAUUGAGCCGCUGCUUAAACUCAGGUCGAGAAGUGAAAGUUAUCAAGGGGCCUACACCUUCCAGAUCUUUCUGGAAAAGGAGCAGAUGGCACACAUACCCACAGUUCAACAACUGCUGGACACUUCCUGCCUGUCAUGUGAUGUCAAGUUUGAAGAGAUGCCAUCCUGUCUGAUAGUUCAGAUGCCAAGGUUUGGAAACAAGUAUAAAAUGUUUUCUCACAUCAUUCCGUCCAUGGAGCUGGACAUCGCCGACCUCCUUUACAACUCUCCUCGUCAAUGCUUCAUCUGUGAGCGAUUGGCAGAGUACGAGUGUCUCCAGUGUUUGCCAGAUCGCAAACUGCACCCAGGGAGAAUCAAACAAUACUGCACCACCUGCAAUGCACAGGUACACAGGCAUUCCUCGCGACAGGGGCAUUCCCCAAAACCUCUGUCGGUUCCAGCCGUGGUAGCCACAGCUUCCCCUGCAGCUCGGCACACGAUGCAGCUGUUUGCUGUGCUUUGCAUUCACACGAGCCACUACGUGUCCUUUGUCAAAUCUGGCUCUGACCAGCACUCCUGGCUCUUCUUUGACAGUAUGGCAGACAGAUGUGGUGACGAUCAAAGUGGCUUCAACAUCCCAGAGAUCCGAGCUUGUCCAGAACUGGGUGACUUUUUCUCACUGUCUGAGGAGGAGCAGGCACGGGCAAAUCCCUCAUGUGCUCCUGAACUUGUGCGCAGGCUGCUGUGUGACUCCUACAUGUUUUUAUACCAAAACCCAGGAAUGACUCUUCCCGGUACAAAUCAUCAGCGGCCUUAAAUGUAUGACUACAAGGACACAGUGUUCUUGCAACAGUGCCUUAAUAAUAACUUUGAACUUUAUCAACCACAUUUUGAUUAUUGCAUCCAAACAGCAGAGAGUGGAUUUUUUUUUGGGGGGGGGGUGCAUGGCACAAAAUGCAGCAAUGUUCAGAAGGAAAUACUAGGAAGCUCACUACAGCUUUGUUUUCUAUAUUCAGGCCAGUCAGUAGUAAAACAAAUUUUAAAUUACAACAUUUUAUUGCAUUCUUUUAUUCUCGUCCCUUUGUCAUGAAUUGAGGCUGUUUAUGAUAAGAUUUAGAAUGUCGCCUUUCAAUGUUUUCUGCUUUUUCUUUCUAUUUUAUGCAAUAAAUAAUCUAUUACA